AUGGGUCGGUCGCCGUGCUGCGAGAAGGCGCACACCAACAAGGGCGCGUGGACGAGGGAGGAGGACGAGCGGCUGGUGGCCCACGUCCGGGCGCACGGGGAGGGCUGCUGGCGCUCGCUGCCCGGCGCCGCCGGCCUGCUGCGCUGCGGCAAGAGCUGCCGCCUCAGGUGGAUCAACUACCUCCGCCCCGACCUCAAGCGCGGCAACUUCACCCGCGACGAGGACGACCUCAUCGUCAAGCUCCACAGCCUGCUCGGCAACAAGUGGUCGCUCAUCGCCGCGCGCCUCCCCGGGAGGACGGACAACGAGAUCAAGAACUACUGGAACACGCACAUCCGGAGGAAGCUGCUGGGCAGGGGGAUCGACCCCGUCACUCACCGCCCCCUCACCCACGCCGCCAGCGCCACCACCGUCUCCUUCCUCCAUCCUGCGGAGCCGCCCAAGACGCAGCCGGCGACGGAGGAGAGUAAGCCGCCCAGGUGCCCGGACCUCAACCUGGACCUCUGCAUCAGCCUGCCCUUCCAACAGGAGGAGGAACGGCCGCCGGCGAGAGCGUGCGCCAAGCCGGUGAAGAUGGAGCAGCUGCAGCAGGGCGGCGGCGGCCUCUGCUUCCGCUGCAGCAUCCUGAGAGUGAGAGGGGCGGCGACGGAGUGCAGCUGCGGCAGCAACUUCCUGGGCCUCAGGGCCGGCAUGCUCGACUUCAGAGGCCUCCGGAUGAAAUAG